CCCAUUCUGAUUUCUGAUAAUAUUUGUGGAUAAGAUUUGCUGAUGGAUGCCACUACAAAACAACUGUGUCUUUCAUUUUAUGCACUUCCAACCUGCAACUAUGCCACUUCUCUCUUCCUCUCUCCCUGGAAACUACUGAGCUCAAAGAGGUACACAUGUCAAACUUUUCUCCCACUAUGUGUUAAGGCAGGUGGGGAAAAAUGGGAGAGUAUGGUAAAGAGAUGGCACGUUCUGUUGUCAGGGGAAAGGGCCAAAAUGGAGCAGUUACGAGCAAGAAAUGUAUCCAUGCUUCUUCACCCACCAUGGAACCUCAACUGCACGAGAAGGACUUGCCACGCCCAGUUCUAACUAAUAUAAGUUCUUCAAGUCAAUCCCACUGCCUCGUAUGUUUGGGAAACAGUACUUGUUCAACAGUUAGAUCAAGAACAAAACUGAUGAACAUUUUGAUCGAGAAGGGAAAGCUGCGAGAAGUGAACUCCAUUUUCAAAGGCUUAACAGAGGACGGGCACAGGCCAACCCUUGUAACUUACACAACCCUUUUGGCUGCCUUGACCCUCCAGAAGAAUUUCAAGGCCAUUCCCUCACUCCUCACUAAGGUGGAAGAGAAUGGCCUGAAGCCUGACUCAAUUUUCUUCAAUGCCAUGAUCAAUGCUUUCUCUGAGUCCGGGAACAUUGAAGAGGCCAUGAAAGUGUUCCAGAAAAUGAAGGAGAGUGGAUGUAGGCCCACAACCAGCACAUUUAACACACUGAUUAAAGGGUUUGGUAUCGUUGGAAAACCUCAAGAAUCGAUGAAAUUGUUAGAGCUAAUGUCACUCGAAGAAAAGGUGAAACCCAACGACAGGACCUACAAUAUUCUUGUCCGAGCAUGGUGCAACAAGAACAACAUUAAGGAGGCCUGGAACGUGGUGUAUAGAAUGGUUGGAUCUGGUUUAAAACCUGAUGUUGUCACGUACAACACACUAGCACAGGCUUAUGCUCGGAAUGGGGAAACAACUAGAGCUGAAGGAAUGAUAUCCGAGAUGCAGAACAACGGGGUGUUGCCCAAUCAACGAACUUGUGGAAUCAUCGUUAACGGGUUCUGUAAGGAAGGUAAUAUGACAGAUGCAUUGAGAUUUGUUUACAGGAUGAAGGAUCUUGGAGUGCAGCCAAAUCUUGUUAUUUUCAAUUCCCUUAUCAAAGGAUUUCUUGAUAUCACAGACACUGAUGGAGUUGAUGAGGCACUGACACUGAUGGAAGAAUUUGGGGUUAAACCGGAUGUGAUAACGUUUAGCACCAUCAUGAACGCGUGGAGUUCAGCCGGGCUCAUGGACAAAUGUCGAGACAUAUUUGAUGACAUGGUGAAGGCCGGCAUAGAACUGGAUAUACAUGCAUUCAGCAUUCUAGCGAAAGGAUAUGUGCGGGCUGGAGACCCGGAAAAGGCUGAGUCAGUGCUGAGAACUAUGGAAAAAUAUGGAGUUCACCCAAAUGUUGUAAUUUUCACUACAAUUAUAAGUGGAUGGUGCAGCGCAGGCAAGAUGGAGAAGGCCCUGAAGGUUUAUGGGAACAUGUGUGAAUUUGGCAUCUCCCCCAAUUUGAAAACUUUUGACACCCUUAUAUGGGGAUAUGGAGAAGCAAAACAGCCAUGGAAAGGAGAAGAGUUGCUCCAAAUUAUGGAAGAGAAAGGUGUGCAGCCAGAGGCAAACACUUUUCAGCUCGUUGCAGAUGCGUGGCGUGCCAUUGGAUUGGUGAGCAAAGCCAAGAGGAUUAUGCACGAGGAAGAAGAAGAUCAGAGUAUCACUCAUAAUACUAACAAGAAUGAAAUGCCAGCAGAGAGCCCGGAGAGAGUUCAUCAGAAAGAAAAUCUCGGUGCUGCCUAUUCAAACCUCUUGGAAGUACGUGGUGCGCUGAUAGCCAAUCAAAAUGGAUCGCUGGCUGGCAAAGCAAGAAGCCGGAUGGUGCUAAAAUGUUCCAAGUUCCCGUCCAAGAGGCUGAGUACCGGAACUAAAUUGACAAUUCUCUCAGGUAGAUGUGGAGCUGCUGCCAAGCCAGUAGCAUGGCAAAGAUUGUGCAAAGUGCAUGUGGGAUUUUAUGGGCCAUAUGUAACUUCUUGUCGACUGGUGCUUUGAAACUGAUGGGAGGCACAAAUCUGCUGCAUUGUGGCUGGGGUUAACCUCUGGUGGAAUGCUGCCAUUCUGGUUCAGGCCAGAAUGAAUUUCUGAUUGAGGAUUUCUUGCCAUUCACAGUUGUACAUACUAAUGGCAGCUUCUCCAACUUCAGGUACUUGAAGCUCUACCAUAUAAUCCUCCAUUCUGUUGGCAAAACUCAUUUGGCUGUUCUCUUUAGUCAAUCUGCCUUAAAAUGUACUUAUACAGUUGCCAAUUCUGGGCAGACAAAGAUACUGCUAAAUUCUUUGGUAAAGUAAUGAAAAUGCAAUGCUUCUAAUUGGAAAAA